GUCGCGGUCCCGUGGCUCACAGAGAGAGUGGCUCGGUGAGAGAGCGCCUCACCGGGAGUCGGCGCCUAAGCGACGCGGGAAGGCGCCACCGCCGCCGCCGCUGGCCAAGGUGCUGGAAACGACAGGCCGGUCGGCCGCUUCGCCAGCUCAAGCACCCGUUGCAGCUGCUGCUGCUUCGCUCCAGCUCCGUCCUCAUGGAAGAGAUGGAAGAAGAGUUAAAAUGCCCUGUGUGCGGCUCCUUCUAUCGGGAGCCCAUCAUUCUGCCCUGCUCUCACAAUUUAUGUCAAGCGUGCGCCCGCAACAUCCUGGUACAGACCCCGGAGUCUGAAUCCCCCCAGAGCCGUCGGGCCUCAGGCUCCGGGGUCUCCGACUAUGACUAUCUGGACCUGGACAAGAUGAGCCUAUACAGCGAAGCGGACAGCGGCUACGGUUCCUACGGGGGUUUCGCCAGUGCCCCCACUACCCCGUGCCAGAAGUCCCCCAAUGGCGUCCGCGUUUUCCCCCCGGCUAUGCCGCCACCGGCCACCCACCUGUCACCGGCCUUGGCCCCGGUGCCCCGCAACUCCUGUAUCACCUGCCCCCAGUGCCACCGCAGCCUCAUCCUGGAUGACCGGGGGCUCCGCGGCUUCCCCAAGAACCGCGUCCUGGAAGGGGUAAUUGACCGUUACCAGCAGAGCAAAGCCGCAGCCCUCAAGUGCCAGCUCUGCGAGAAGGCGCCUAAGGAGGCCACCGUCAUGUGCGAACAGUGCGAUGUCUUCUACUGCGAUCCGUGCCGCCUGCGCUGCCACCCGCCCCGAGGGCCCCUAGCCAAGCACCGCCUGGUACCCCCGGCCCAGGGCCGCGUGAGCCGGCGUUUGAGCCCGCGCAAGGUCUCCACCUGCACAGACCACGAGCUGGAGAACCACAGCAUGUACUGCGUGCAGUGCAAGAUGCCUGUGUGCUACCAGUGCUUGGAGGAGGGCAAACACUCCAGCCAUGAAGUCAAAGCUCUGGGGGCCAUGUGGAAACUGCACAAGAGCCAGCUCUCCCAGGCGCUGAACGGGCUGUCAGACAGGGCCAAAGAAGCCAAGGAGUUUCUGGUGCAGCUCCGCAACAUGGUCCAGCAGAUCCAGGAGAACAGUGUGGAGUUUGAGGCUUGCCUGGUGGCCCAAUGUGAUGCCCUCAUUGACGCCCUCAACAGAAGGAAAGCCCAGCUGCUUGCACGUGUCAACAAGGAGCAUGAGCACAAGCUGAAGGUGGUUCGAGAUCAGAUCUCUCACUGCACAGUGAAAUUGCGCCAGACCACAGGUCUCAUGGAGUACUGCCUAGAGGUCAUUAAGGAAAAUGAUCCCAGUGGCUUUUUGCAGAUUUCCGACGCCCUCAUAAGGAGGGUGCACCUGACUGAGGACCAGUGGGGGAAAGGCACACUCACUCCCAGGAUGACCACGGACUUCGACCUGAGUCUGGACAACAGCCCUCUGCUGCAAUCCAUUCACCAGCUCGACUUUGUGCAGAUGAAAGCUUCCUCUCCAGUCCCAGCAACCCCCAUCCUGCAGCUGGAGGAGUGUUGUACCCACAACAACAGCGCCACGCUGUCCUGGAAACAGCCACCUCUGUCCACGGUGCCUGCUGAAGGCUACAUUCUGGAGCUGGAUGAUGGCAAUGGUGGUCAGUUCCGGGAAGUAUAUGUUGGGAAGGAGACGAUGUGCACCGUGGAUGGUCUUCACUUCAACAGCACAUACAACGCUCGCAUCAAGGCCUUCAACAAAACAGGAGUCAGCCAGUACAGCAAGACCCUGGUCCUCCAAACGUCUGAGGACACCGAUUCAGAAGAACAGACACUCCCUUUUCCAGUGCCUUCGGAAAGAUUGCCGCUCCGUAGAAUGAGUCCUUUCUCCUCCACCCUUAAUCUACAACCCAGCUUUCCCGGGAGAUCCUACUUUGAUAUCCGAUCCUCACCCCACCAGCUGAGCUUGCAUUCCUCUUUGCAGUCUCUCAAUGCACCGGGAUGCAGCUUUGAGCCUCAGUCGGCACCUUACUCUCAGUUAGUUGACAUUAAAAAGCUGUUGGCAGUGGCCUGGUUUGCUUUCGACCCUGGCUCGGCACACGCUGACAUCAUCUUCUCCAAUGACAACCUGACAGUGACCUGCAGCAGCUAUGAUGACCGGGUGGUGCUGGGGAAGACCGGCUUCUCCAAGGGCGUCCACUACUGGGAGCUAACCGUGGAUCGCUAUGACAACCACCCUGACCCUGCCUUCGGCGUGGCUCGCAUGGACGUGAUGAAGGAUGUGAUGUUAGGGAAGGAUGACAAAGCUUGGGCAAUGUAUGUGGACAAUCACCGGAGCUGGUUCAUGCACAACAACUCGCACACCAACAGAACGGAGGGAGGGAUCACCAAGGGGGCCACAAUCGGGGUCCUCCUCGACUUGAACAGGAAAACCUUGACCUUUUUUAUCAACGACGAACAGCAGGGUCCCAUAGCCUUCGAGAACGUGGAAGGCCUGUUCUUCCCGGCGGUCAGCCUGAACAGGAACGUGCAGAUCAAUGCCUGUGUCUUCAGUCAGAAGGAACACAGCCUUCCCAGGAUCCUUAAAAGAGGCAGGUGGAUAAUAACCACAUUAUCAAGUGUCUCCAAGAUUUGGGAACCCCCAAUCGUGGCCAGGCUCUUAGCGCAGGCAGAAUUCUACUAGAAUUCUUCUUUAACGUCUACUAGGAUAGACGUUAAAGAAAGGGAACAGGUCCCCCAUUGAACUAGGAACACAGCCGCUGUGCCCCGGGGAGGGGCUGAUGCAGGGAGGGUUCCCGCGGUGCUUCCAGGACUCACAGUCUCGUCCCCCAGGUCACGCUUCACACCGGGCUCCCAGUCCCUGACUUCUACUCCAGCAGAGCAUCAAUAGCCUAAGGAUGGGCCGUUGGAGGCGCCAGCUGCCGGUCCUACCCUCCGUCCUUACCUCCGCCUGGGAGAGCGACAGCACCUGAUGGGAUGCUGGAGAGCUGGAAGCAGAGGGGGAGGAGCAGAGAAAAGCUGGUCCCCACGCGUUCACACCCCACAGCUCCGCUCCGCCCCUACCUUUCUGACCUCUCUCCGGCUCUGAUGCCUGCGUUCACUUCCGCCUCCCGCAACUCUAACCAACGAAGGACCUAGGCUGCCCACCAUGUCACUUAGUUUCCAAUCCCAGGUUUUGCUCUUAUUUUACAUAAUUUUUUAAAUGUAGGUGAGUUAUAUUUUGUUUCUUUUCUGAUCAUGUUCUUGGUGACUUACUGAACUGUUACUGCCAAGAGAAUAUUCCCCUGAUAACCUUUUUCUUAAGCUUUCUGACAAAGAGGUUGUAGAGAGGGGUGGGGAAGAAUGCGUUGAAUUUGGAGUUUGCAGUUUGCCUCCUAGAAGGUUCUUGCUGUUACCUCUCGUGCAGUGCUAGCCCUGCAUAGCUAAACUUCAAGAGGUGGGCAGAGUGAAUGCAGCAUUGAGAAGUCUGACUAUCCAUUGAAGCACAAAAAUAAUAGCCAUAUGGCUACACAAAGGUUCACAGCCCUCAGGAUCCUUAAGAUAGCUGGGUUUCUGGGAGAGGCCAGAAACCCUGGUCAUUGAAUCAAACUAGGAAGUCUCUAGACUGGGGCAGACCAGGGGGUUUAUGAUUUGGUUCAUUUAUUUAAUACAAGUUUUUAACUGAGAACCUACUAUGGCCUAGGCACUGUUGUAGACAAUGGAGACACAGUGGUGAACACACAGGUGUGGUUACUGCCCUUCUGGAGCUUAAAUUCUCAUAGGAGAGCAAACCAAAAAUAUGACAAUUACAAAUUCUUUUACAAGUACUAGAAAGGAAAUAAGGAGCAAUGAGGCUCAUUGGCAAGAUCUCUCAGUUUCCCAGGAAUGAUGCUAAAAAUCUACCCAUUCUGGCCAUGGCACCAGAAACAUACCAACUCAAUGCCUUUUCUGCUACAUUAUUUUAAUUAUGGUACCUGCUGCCAUUCAUCAUAAUUAUGGCAGAAAUGAUGUCAGCAUUCUUAUUUGUUAAUGCUGCAAUGACACUAAGCCUUAAAAAUGAAUGUGAAAAAAAAAAAAACCGCGACCAGAGAGAGAACCCAUUUUCAGUAAUGGGGGAUCUUAAUUUGCAGUCCAUGGCAUCCCCAUUCUCAGGAUAAACUCACGUGUCUCCAUGUAUAUCUGUGCCUGUUACAAAUGACAAAUCCAUCCACUCUGCUGCCAUUCACAACCUAACUUUCUGGAGUAGUUCCAGUAAUGUGUGGAAGAAAAUGAAAUUGUAUGUCAUUGCUCUGACUGAUAGCAGAAUGAUAAUUCUUAUUACUUCUCUAUAGAGACAGACUUACACGGUUACCCUUCUGAUUCUUUCGUUUGACAUGCAGUUUUAGAAAACGUAGAACAUGGAAAGAGGUUCUGAUUAGUUGUCUAAAUAUUUGCCAGUGAGCCAAGAAAUUCCGCAUGAAAAAACAAGAAUAACAGAUAAAAGAGAAGUGGUAGGAUGGGAAAGCUAACAAACUAAAGUUUUGGCAUAAAGUAAGAUAUGUAAAUAGCUAAUUAUUUCCUUUUGUGCUUUAUUUAGCUCAUCUCUAUCAGUUACAGUGUUUCUCUGGUUACAUGUACCUAAUUUAUUGGAUGGGUGCUAUCCUGUAUACGUCCAUCUUGGUUUCUUGGCUACAGAAAAACUCUGUUGCAGGACAACACUAGUUUGAUAUUUGAUUUACUCUCCAAUGAGACUCGAUGGCUGGGCCGCUGUAGACUCAUAGUUCCUCUUGUUCUUUAUUAAAUUCAUCCUGCUGAGUAGAUUUCUAGUGACUUGUAACACCUAGUUUACACAGAAUUACCAUUGUAGAUGCAUACAGCUAUUGUACUAGAAAAAUGGAUAUUUCUGGUGUGCCAAUAAAAGAUUUUUAUGAGAGAACAU